UAUAAAGUUAGAAUCAAGGUCGAAACCAACCUCAGUCAGUUACUGGUCAUUCGUCAUGGAGCUGUGGUCGCGGGUAUUUUUAACUUUCGCUUUCAUAGCUGCAGCAGCGGCACAAUCCAAGUCAUCGAACCGACGACCGGCUCCUUCAAGACCGGCGACGACGACGCAACAGACAGCGGGCGCCCUCACGGACGAGUGCCCGGAACCGAACGGGUACUUCGCCGACGGAUACCAGUGCGACAAGUAUUACGUAUGCACCGACGGUGUGAUAACGGAAAAGCUCUGCCCGGACGGCAUGGUCUUCAACGACUACAACCCAUCCGUCGAGAAGUGUGACUUGCCAUUCAACAUCGAUUGUUCCCAGAGGCCGGAAAGACAGACCCCGAAACCAAGUCAGCACUGCCCCCGGCAAAACGGGUACUUCGCCCACGAGGACGGUCAUAUCUGUGAUAAAUUCUAUUACUGUGUUGACGGCAAAUACAACGCUAUCACCUGUCCCGCUGGUCUUGUCUACAACGAAAACACUGGAAUUUGCACGUGGCCAGAUGAAGCUAAGAAAAAGCAUUGCUCAUCUCAAGAGGUGUUCCAGUUUUCUUGCCCGAAUGUGAGCACAACGGAAGCGCAGCAGCACCCUCGAUACGCUGAUCCUCAAGACUGUCAAUACUUCUACGUCUGCAUCAAUGGUGAAAUCCCCAGGAGAAACGGCUGCAAGAUGGGUCAAGUUUUCAACGAUGCCUCCAAAGCUUGCGACUGGCCAAGAAAUGUACCCGAAUGUGUGGAUUGGUACAAAGGGGUACUAACCGACGAAGAAUUAGAGGCUCUUGAGCAUCCAAAGCCGAAACCAAGGCCAACCGGUGGUACUCCAACCCGAGGAAAAACCAAGGGAAAGAGCAGCAGACCAGCCGCAGUAGAAGAUCUCCCCGUUGAACCAGAUGUACUGAUAUUUGCAAGAAAUUCUAGACCAUCAGAAAACUGAUUUGACAUUGCAUAGAAAACGCUCUGUACUUUAUUACUCGUUGUUCCUGUUUCAACUAGAUACAAUAGUUUUAAGUGUAGCCAUUUCAAAGAGGAAAAUAAGUUACACCUUUGUUACUCAUAAAUAA